CGCGAAGGCAAGUCUCUGCAGUUUCCUGCUAGUUGCGUUAGAAAACAGUCGCUAGUGAUUCAAUAUUCCUAUAUUACACAUUUUUUGUGUCAAAAGGAUAAUAUAAACUCGAUCAUUUUAUCAACAUUGAACGAAACUCUUUGAUUAACAUAAUAAAAGACUAGAACAUUAUCAAGGAAAACAACAUUCCAAUAUAGAAUUAAUCUAGAUAUUAAUCUAGAUUAGUUUGGACAAGCAAAAAUUACAAGAUGAUGAAACUGCUUAUUCUUUUGACGGUCUUGUAUUGCAUCGAUUUUGGCCACACCAGAGAGAUAACUCACGAAGACAUUAAAGAUGCUAUGUUGAGUUUAGUACAUAUGAUGCGAGAGAAUACAGAAAAACUCGAAAGGCAUGAAGUAAGAGAACGACAGCUGGGCGAGCAAUUAAAGAAAACCAUAACUAUCCUGACAAAGCGUGUAUCCGCUGUGGAUGGAUUGAAACUACAGCUGAAUAAAUUGGAUGAGAGGAUCUCGGGAAUAGAGCAUCUGUUCGCGCAGAGAGAUGAGAGAGAACGUAUACAGAUGCAGAAGACAACGGACAGUUUAGAGGAUCUAGAGAGUCGCUUGGAAGGUUGGCUCACGGAUAUUGAAAACAAAGUUGCAGAGAUAAAUAGUCGUCCAGAAAUUACACCUAUAUCGAAUGAUAAUUUUACCGAUAUUCUCAACAAAUUGAAUAAAAUCGAAAAUAACUCAAUAGAGGGAAUUGCAAAACUUAAAGAGGAUCUGCACAAUAAUGUAGCAGUGAUGGAUAGAGAAUCAACUGUUCUAAUGGAGAAAGCGCAUACGAUUUUCUUGCAGGUGCAGGACGUAGCCACUAGGAUCGGAGACAUUGAGAACUCUCUAGAGAAGAUAAAACAAUUGACGCGGAGCGUUCAAGAGAAGCCGUUGGAGCGGCAAUUGGAUUUGCCAGCUUUUGACGAGCACAUGAAGAAAUUAGUGCGGGUACAAGAAUUAAUGGAAAACUCUUCUAAUAGAUUAUAUGAAUUACCCAGGAUAAAUGAAGUGCAGAUGUUUCACAACGAGACGCAGACUAUGUUGCAAGAAGUGAAGCAUGCAUUGAAGGAUAUUGUUACAAGAAGUAUCAAUAAUGUCGAGGACAGAAUAACAGAAGCCAAAGAAGAAACGAAGGAAUCUGUAACAGCAUUACGAAUGGACCUGGCUAACAAUGCAGAACGUGUCAGCCAGGAUUUACAGGAACUGGAAAAGGGUCAGUCUGUGAUGGUUUCCAUGGCCGAUCAUGUGUUAGAUACAAAAAAAAGGGUAGAAUAUGGCGUACAUCAAAUCUUGUUGGAAGUGGGCGAUCUGGUAAAGGCACAAGGCAUCAAUAUUAACAGCACUCUUACUCAAAGAUUCGAUGGAAUUUCGAAUGAUAUCAUGAAUAAUCAGAACGGUGCCUUGGCAAACCUUACUAGUAAAAUGGAACUGGAAAUGAAUAAAAUCUGGCGACAGAUCAACGUGAUGUAUCAACAAAUGUCAGAGAGUGCUCGAGCUUUAGACAAGUUACAUAAACAGAAUGAAGCCUACGUUAACGGUACGACAUCUACUAUGGGUGGAAUGGAGAGUAAGGUCGGCGAAAUAACAAAACGCAUGGCAGAGGUAGAUGAGAACUUAAAUUAUUUGCUUGGUCGCCUAUCCUUAGUGACGCAAGAAUUCAAUCAGAUUAAGACAGGUUUAGGAAAUGCGUUAGACAAUAUUAAAGCUUCUUUCAAAGUGGUUCAAGAGAAGGCGUUGGACUUGACCUAUCCGGGUCCUCACCCACUUCCAAAAAAUUAUAACAAUCCUAAUGAAUCUCAGACCAGAAAACCAGACGUUGUGACCAUAAAGUAAGCCAUAUCCGACUCUCAAAUUAAAUGAUUGGUUCAGGCUAAUCUCAGUGGAAAAGAUAGCUUUUCGUCGUUAGAUUUAAAAUCCAGUACCAUUAACAUCAUUAUACCACCAUAAUGAUUAGAAAUAAUUGUAAGAUAUACUGCCAGCUGGAACAUUUUUGUACAUUUCUUAAUCUUUGCUUUUUAUCUACUUUAUUUCAAAAAUUUUUAUGAAAGAAGCUAAUAAACCGAUUAUAUGUAA